AUGGAGGCUACUAACCUUCAAAUCUACUGGCAUGAGUCUCAGCCCAUCUACAGUCUUUCCUUCCAGUCGAAAGCUUUCCAAAAAGACCAAAUUACGAGAUUAGUUACAGCUGGUGGUGACAACAAGAUUCGCGUAUGGCAAUUGAACUUUAAUGGUCAAGACAGAAGCAAGGUGGAUACCAUUGAUUUCCUUUCAUCACUCAAUCAACACGAACAGGCGGUGAACGUUGUAAGGUUCGAUCCCUCACAGGAAAGCAUAGCAUCAGCGGGCGACGAUGGACAAGUUCUGCUUUGGAAGAAAAACGAGAGCAUAUCCAAAGACUUCGGAGUGGACGACGAAGAAUUUGCCGAUUUCAAAGAGUCCUGGUACGUGUGGAAACGUCUACGAUCGUCAACCGCAGCAGGAUCCUCCGAGAUCUACGAUUUGUCCUGGAGUCCAGACGGCAAGUUCAUUGUCACGGGUUCGAUGGAUAAUAGCAUCAGAGUAUUCGAUGUAGCGGGUGAAUCGUGCGUGGCAAUCGCCUCAGAUCACAACCACUACGUACAGGGUGUCGUGUGGGACCCGCAGAACGAGUUCAUCUUUUCACAGUCCGCAGAUCGUUCAGUGCAUGUACACCGCAUAAUUUACGAUGCCAGUAAAACUGUCGCUGACUUGAAACUAACAAACCGCAUCAUCAGAGGUGAAUUGCCAUGUCGCAAAGCUGCUAAUGAUACCGAAUUAGACUAUAGCAAGAUCAAAUCUUCUUACCUUUUCCACAACGAAACCCUGCCGUCAUUUUUCCGCCGGCUUGGUAUGUCACCAUGUGGAAAUCUUCUUUGCAUACCUGCUGGUAUUUUCAAAAACUGCGACAGUGCAUCAGAGAGUAGCAAUGGCAACGACGAGCUUGCAAAUGCGGUUUAUAUUUUUACGCGACCAUAUUUGAAGAGCAGCAGCAACAGGCCUUUAUUGGUUUUACCAUUUUUCAAAAAACCUGCAUUGGUGGUUUCGUUUUGUCCACAACUGUAUCAGUUGUCCGCCGGUGCAAAACCUUAUAUACAACUACCAUACAAGCUGGUUUUUGCGGUAGCGACCUCUGACGAGAUUUUCAUUUACGAUACAGAGAUUGUGGAGCCCAUUUGCAUCAUAGGAAACUUGCAUUACACGCCAAUCACCGAUAUAGCAUGGCAACUGGACGGGUCAAUGCUCAUGGUUUCUUCAACGGACGGCUUUUGCUCUUAUAUUUCGAUUCCAGACGCAACACUGGGGGCGUUUUAUACUGAGACGGUUGUUGAACCACCUCUAUCUCAACCCACUGAAACUGAAACCAAAGUUCCUGAACAGGUGCCCUUGGUAGUCAACACACUGCAAGUAAGACGAAAAGAGAAGCCCACCGCUGAAAAGAAGGGGAUUUCAUCAGAUGCAUCGAUCAUGGCCGAACCCAUCGAGGACGCCGCCGCGGUCACAAAAAGCGAGCCUCAGACACAGAACGACGUGAAAUCAGUCCCACGAAGGGUACAGCCUACCUUGGUAUUUCAAAAUAGCAAGAAAAAAUAG